GUCUAGAUAGAUGAUCAAGGAGAUGUAGGUUGUAGUAAAAAAACUCACUUCACUCCUUAGACCCGUUCUAUCGCCUCCAUCGCCACAUGGACGAUGUGAUAAAGCGUGUUGGACAUGUAUUCGGGGCAAAUGAGUUUUUCAUGCUCUUUUCUCUGUCUUUGGCGGCCAUCCCUACUUCAUUUGUUCUCUUUCUAGAGAUCGUGACUACCGAAGAACCAGAGGUCUGCGUAUGGAACCAUGAUAGGAGCAAUUGUAUAGUGUAUAACGGUGAGCCUACAGACGUGUGCAGACUAGCAGAUCAGACCUUGUGGCAGUACAAUUAUCCCCUGGAGACUGUCAUCAGUACUUACAACCUUCUCUGUCACGAUUACUGGGAGCAAUGCCUGCCUCAAAUACUGUUCUACUUGGGCAUGCUGCCAAGUUGUGUUCUAGCAGGAUAUGUAUCAGAUCAGUUCGGAAGGAAGACUUCGCUCAUACUCUUCCUGUUCAUGGAAUCCUUGUCUCUGUCACUACUCAUUGCAGUCAGGAGUUAUAUCGGAUUCCUCAUUUUAAGAUACUUCACUGGUCUGUGUAUCGGGUACUUCGUGAAUUGUGGGACGUUGAUUAUAGAGGGCCUUAAAGUUGAGUUCAGACACACUUUCCUCGCCUCCAUUUGGUGCUCUUUCUCUUUCGGUACGAUGGUACUCGGACUGCUGAGUAUGUUAUUUCACCGGUAUAUCGACAUGGUGGCGUGUGUGGUUGUCUUCAAUGUUUUACUCUUGCUUAUCUACGUACUGUGUAUUGAUGAGUCCUUAAGGUGGCUCCUUAUCAAACAAAAGAAAGACAGAGCCCAGUACAUGCUGAACAAGAUAGCGUACCAGAGCAAGGUGGCGAUGCCCAAAUAUGAGGACAUUCCGCAACCAGAGGAUGAGCAGUACAGUAUCAGGGACUUCUUUACUCUUAAAAAAUCUAGAAUGAUAACGUUAAUCCUGCUGCAGCUGAGCAUCCUGAGCUUUUACCUUCUAGUUGACUUCACACAGACCUCCAUGGACGCUAUCAUGUCCCAGCACAGCUACCAACGGUACGGUUUCAAGAACUCCGAACAAGCUCGAGCCAUCAACUUUAUACUAAGUGGCUGUGUUAACCUUGUUGGAGUUGUGUUAACGGGUUUGCUGUGCAAGUUGGUAGGGAGGCGACCCACUGUGGUGUUGGAGCUGGGAGCGAUCCUGGUGGCGCUUGUAAUGCUGCUAAGCAUGGGGAUUACAAUGAGGAAACACAUAGUUUCUGAAGUCAGCUCUUACAUUAUAAGGAUAGUAGCUCCAGGUUUAGUGUACCUCAGCUCACUAUACUCCCUGGAAGUGCACAUAACCCCCCUCAGAGCCAGAGCAGUGGGGUUAGCAACUGCCGGCGCUGCACUCGGUGGAAUACUCAGCUCAGCCAAGAACUUCUCGAGAGCCGAAAACUUUGAUAAAGAUGAAAUAAUCAUAACCUCUGUUGAAAUCGGAAUAGUGUUGUACAUGAUGGUACUGUGCAUGAAGUUGCCAGAAACGAAGGGGCGGAUGUUACCGGACAGUUUGGAACACAUGCCAGAAACAAUGGCGGUUACAGAUUGGUGUAAAUGUAAGCAGGUUGACGAAACAGUGCCUUUACUUGAGGGAGAUAAUAGUGUUGGUUUUAGUUUGGAUAAGUGUGCGGAGUGAAGGGUGUAGGUAGUUUGAUAAAAUUACAAGAAUUUUGUAGAUAGUGUGUAGUAAGGUUUCUUUUGAAUUGUUAUGAUGAUAAUGAUUAUUUUAAAUCGAAUUCUUAAUUUUGUAAUGGUUUGCUCUUGAUGAACUUUUUAGAUUUGUUUGAUAAAUUU